GAGUGCCGGGCAGCGGCGGCAUGGGGACAGUGCGGGACGGCGGCGGCGUGGCCCGAGGGUUCCUUGCCCUGCUCCUCGUGGCUCUCCUAGUUAUUGAAACACAGUGCAAAAAUGACACUGAACCCCUAAUAACAUCCAAUAGGAGAAUCAUUUCCAAGAGGGAAGCUUACUGCCAGGAGGAUGAAUACAAUUUAGAUAAUCAGUGUUGCAAGAAAUGUAGAAGUGGUUUUGUUAAAAAUGUCUCCUGCCCAACAGAUGUUACCAAACACUGUGCUCCAUGUCAGAAAGGAAAGGAAUUCAUAGAUCACCCCAAUGACUUAGACAAGUGUCGGAGAUGCAAAAUGUGUGACAGCCACUUUGGGCUGGAGGUUGUGAAGAACUGUACCCCAGAAGAGGACACGCAGUGUGCCUGUGUAAAGAACCAUUUCUGCAGUUCUACAGGAUGUGACACUUGCACUCCAUGUACCAUAUGUGAAAGCGGUGUAAUUGAAGAGCAAUGUACUGCAGCUUCAGACACUGUGUGUGGAACCAAAGCAACGCUGUGGUUGAUCAUUGCUGGGGUACUACUACUACUAUCAAUAAUAGCUGGAGCGAUAGUCUGGUACAAGAGAAGAAAACAGAAGGAUCUUAAAAUCAAUGAUCCAGGUAAUGGAGUUUACAAAGGAGACCAUGUGGAUAUACCUCUUAUAGUUGAAGAUGUUGACCUGAACAAAUACAUUCCUGGUAUUGUGGCAGAGAUGACACUCACAGAAGUCAAGACAUUUGUUCGUCACCGUGGUGUGUCAGAACCUGCCAUAGACCAAAGCAUUCACGAUUUUCCUGGUGAUUCAUCUGAACAGAAGAUUAGGCUGUUACAAGUCUGGUAUCAAAGUCAUGGGAUGAAGGGAGCCUAUGAAACCUUAAUAAGGAGCCUGAGAGAGUUAAAAAUGUGUGCUGUAGCUGAUAAAAUUGAGAAAAAACUGAAGGCAGCUAUUUCCAGCUCUCAGGAAGGGGGGCAGUCUUGCAAUCCUGACACUGAGCAAAGCACUCAGGAGGGUGGAAACUCUUCCAGUGAGAGUGCUGAGCUAAGUAAAGCCUCUACUGCUAGUUUGGAAGAGACCUUGCACAGAGUAACUUGAAAUUUAUUUCUGAAUUAGUAUUUCUCUAAUAUAAAUAGCAAAGUUUUAAAAUGACAUUUUCAUUGGCAGUUCUGAUUGAACUCAAGUAAGUUAUUACAUGUAAAAGGAAUAAUUGCAAAUUUUGCAGCAAUAUCUUUCCUUUAAAAAAAGUUCUAGCCUUUUUUCGUUGUUAAGGACUUCAAGAAGUUUUAUGACUUGUUUACUAAAAGGUGCAAUAUAAGACUCCAGCUAUAGGAGUCAUUAUAAGAGGAAAGAAGUUAUAAUUUGAAGAAAAGGAAUUGUUUAAAUGCAUGGUCCUGCAUUAUUUAAUCAAUGUAACAUUCUACAUACAUUAAAAAUGCAGGCUGUUCCUUUUU